AUGACGACCAAGUCUACUUUACCAGGCGAGAGAUUUUCACAGUUAUCAGUUCCACACUCAUUCACACCGUUUUUCAAAUCCUUUGUAUUUGAUAUUUUCGCUCAUAUUGAAAUGGUGGUAAUACAACCACCGAUAUUUUCAAUGAAACACCAUCUCUGGAAGCGUUCCCUAACCAAGCCAGAUACCAGCCGGUACUACAACUUGCACAAGGAUAGUCAAUGGAUCAAAGCAUAUGCCAUAUCAAUGGGAGCUGGUUCGAAAGUCUAUGAAUCAUUCAUGAAUACAGGAAGUCCUUCAACCUGGAAUGUGGACAAAUGCAAUGAUAACUUCUGUCCUAACUUUUUCCGGCAUCCUAUCCUUGAUUUCUGGAAGCAGCUUCCAAUCGAUGAGGUGAAGCUGGUGAUUUAUAAAAACCAAACAGCUGUGGUGACUAUGGUUUUUAAUGGACGAAAAACAAACCUUAGCAGUUGGUUCUCUCAUGCAAACUUGAAAAGUUCUCCAUGGGAUGACUUAUCUUCAGUUGCCCCACAAUAUUUCCUUAUUAACGGAAGAGCUACGCGUCGCUUCUAUAUAGCGAACGACAAUGGUUGUGACAGGGACAGUGGCUGGUUGAUACUCAAUGAGGGCCCCUUUCAAUGUCCGCAUGAUGUCACGAAGCACUACCCUGCAAUUCGUUAUUCUAAUACAACAUCGCAAGUUGUUUGGAGAAACGAGAUUGGCUGUGUUUCACAGAGACUGGCUGUGUUUCACAGAGAUUGGCUGUGUUUCACAGAGAUUGGCUGGUUGAGUAUCAAUCAAGGUCCUAUUUAUUGUCAUUAUGAUAUCAUGGAUCAACACCCUUCAAUUCGUUAUUCUGAUACAAAAUCGAAAGUCGUGUGGGGCAACG